GCCUCUGCGCUGUCUCUGGCAGUCAGCGCUCUGUCGCUUGCCGGCAGCGCCGAUGCUUUCUGGCGUCUUCCUUGCCGUGGUCGUUCUGGUGUCGGUCGUCUUGACCCUAUCAUGGACCCCGGCAAGGUCUCUGACCACGUCCACGUUAUCCACGGUGGUAGCAACUUUGGCAUUGACAACACCCCUCAGGACCUCGUCAACUCUGACUGCACUUCAUGUUCCGUUACUCAGGACAAGUCUGCCUACUGGACCCCUCCUCUCUACUUCCUCCACUCCAACGGCACUGCCGAGAUGGUCGAGCAGGUCGGUGGUAUGCUUGCUUACUACCUUCUCUACAAUGACGCUGCCAACCCCAACGGCAAGAUCACUGCCUUCCCUGAGGGCUUCCAGAUGAUCUCUGGUGACAAGCGUCUUCGUAGCUUCCCCUACCCCAUCCCUGACAACGACAAGUCGUCUUGGACUGCUGAGCAGAAGACCCAGAGCGCUCUCUCACAGAAGGCUCUUGGUUUCAACUGCUUGAACUAUGCCGCCGCCCCUGAGGCAUCCCUCUACCGUCACUUCUUGCCUGACAAGGAUUACCUCGACGCCAACUGCCUUGACGGUAUUCGUCUCGAGCUCAUGUUCCCUUCAUGCUGGAACGGCAAGGACCUCGACUCCGAUGACCACAGAUCCCACGUCGCCUUCCCCGACUUGGUCAUGAGCGGUUCCUGCCCCGAGGGCUUCGGCACCAAGCUCCCCUCUCUCUUCUUCGAGACCAUCUUCAACACCUAUGCCUUCAAGGGUAUGGAUGGUCAGUUCGUCCUCUCUAUGGGUGACCCCACUGGUUACGGAUACCACGGUGACUUCCAGAUGGGUUGGGACAGCAGCGACUUCCUCCAGUCUGCCGUUGACACUUGCACCAACGCUUCUGGUCAGAUCCAGGACUGCCCUCUCUUCGACAUCCAGAGCGAUGCCCAGUCGCAGCAGUGCACUUUCAACCCCGUUGACGCCAUCAAGGAUGACAACCCUCUCGGCCCCCGUGAAGAUGGUCUUCCUAUUGCUGUCCCUAUCCAGUCUGGCCCUGCUUACGCCAGUGUCUACCCUGUC